AUGGGAACAGCUUCUCCACAUUCUUUAACUCCUCUUCCACGUUUAGAAUUGCCUCAAUCUGAUGGACAAGAAUGUGGUAGCAGUACUAACCUGCUAACGAUGCUUAAAGCAAUCGCCAAUGGGCUUGCACCGCCUAGUGGAGCAUGCAGCCCAGGAAGCAGCGUCAAUUGCUGGGGACGCGAAACAGAAUUGCGACAAAAAAUUCAGGCAUUAGAAGAAAUUGUUGCGGACUAUGAAAGACAAAAAUUUAAUGUUCUCGGCACUUUCUCCGAUUUUCAUGAACGUGUAGCGGAAAGAGAGAGACGUUUAGAAGCAGAAUAUUCAACAAGAAUACUCUCUUUAAGCGAGGAAGUUUUGGGUGCCAAAAAAGAUUUUGAGGAAAGAAUGAAAAAUUUUCAUUUACUUCAAGAACAAUUUGAACGAGAAAAAGAACAAGCUUUGGAAAGAUUAAGACAGGAUCAUCAACGGGAAAUGCAGGCACUAGAGCGUUAUAUUGUUUCUAAGGAGCAACGCUUUUCAGAGUCUAAAUUGCUCAAUUUGGAACAAAAAUAUAUUUUGGAAAUACAAAAAUUGGAAGAAGAACGUAAAAAUUUAAAAACAGAAAGAGAAAGGCUUAAUGAAGGAUUUGAAGUUCGUUUUAGACGAGCUGAAAGCCUUUUUGAAUCAGAGUUGACCGCAGCAAAAAUGUUAUAUACGAGGGAAUUGCAAGCAUUGAGAGAACAUGAAGAGGCCCUUAAAGACGAAUUAGCUGCUAGACAGGAAGAAUUUCAGGAUAAAUUAAUUGAAUUACAACAUUAUUCGAAACAAGCUAAAGAAGAGGUUGUUAAUUGUAGAAAAGAGGUUGUACAGCUUGAAGAGAAAUUGAAAGAAAAGGCUGCUGAAAUUCAGCGGUUGGCUAGAGAGCUCGCUGCCGCCCGUCGUCAAACAGAAGAUUCCUUCCGUCGCCUAAGCAAAGCUCGUUCAGAAGCUGAACAAAACCAGAGUUUUUUGGAAGAACAAAGAGAACAAUUAGAACAAAGAAAUGCUUUAUUAAAAAAUGCGGAAGAGUUGAGAGCUAAAUUAGAACAAACAAUUGGGGAAUUAAGAAAAGAAGUUAUUGCAUUAAGUAAUCGAGUAGAUUUACUUGAAAUUGAGAGAGAUGGGUUAAGAGCACAAGCAGAAAGUCAGACAGAGCUACACGAAUCCCAAUUAACUGCAUUGGAAGCGGUGAGGAAAUUAAUUUUUUAUGAUUAUUGUAUUAUUGAAGGGGAAUUUUUUCAUUAA